AUGGCCCCUCCUGUCGUCAACGCCUCCCCGCCUGGCACCAAAGACGUCACUGCUGUCCUGUUCGAGUGGAACUUCAACUCCGUCGCCGCGGAGUGCACCAACACCAUCGGGCCCGCCGGCUACGGAUAUGUCCAGGUCUCUCCGCCGGCCGAACACAUCCAGGGCUCGCAGUGGUGGACCUCGUACCAGCCCGUGUCGUACCGGAUCGCCGGCCGUCUCGGCGACCGCGCGUCCUUCCAGAACAUGGUUAAUACAUGCCACGGAGCCGGCGUCAAGGUCGUCGUCGACACCGUCAUCAACCACAUGUCGGCCGGGAGUGGCACCGGCACCGGCGGCUCGUCGUACUCCAAGUAUAACUACCCGGGCCUCUACUCCUCCGCCGACUUCGACGACUGCACCUCGGCCGUCUCCAACUACGCCGACAGUUGGAACGUCCAGCACUGCGAGCUCGUCGGCCUGGCCGAUCUGGACACCCCGGAGGAGUACCCGCGCAAGGCCAUCGCCGGCUACAUCAACGACCUGCUCAGCCUCGGCGUCGACGGCUUCCGCAUCGACGCCGCCAAGCACAUGGCAACUGGAGACCUUGCCAAUAUCAAGUCCCGCCUGGCCAACCCGGCCGCGUACUGGAAGCAGGAGGUCAUCUACGGCGCCGGGGAAGCCGUCCAGCCCGCCGAUUACACCGGCAACGGCGACGUCCAGGAGUUCCGCUACGCCUACGACCUCAAGCGCGUCUUCAACAGCGAGAAGCUCGCCUACCUGAAGAACUACGGGGAGGGCUGGGGCUACCUGAGCAGCUCCGUCGCCGCCGUCUUCGUCGACAACCACGACACGGAGCGCAACGGGGCCACUCUCAAUUACAAGGACAACGCCAAGUACACGCUGGCCAACGUCUUCAUGCUCGCCUACCCCUACGCCGGCCCGGAUGUGCACUCCGGCUACGAAUUCUCCGACACGGACGCCGGACCGCCGAACAACGGCGCCGUCAACGCCUGCUGGCAGGACGGCUGGAAAUGCCAGCACGCUUGGCCGGAGGUCAUGCGCAUGGUCGCCUUCCGCAACGCCGUCCGCGGCCAAGGGCUGACGAACUGGUGGGACAAUGGCAACAACGCCAUCGGCUUCGGACGGGGCAACCAGGGAUACGUCGCCAUCAACCACGAGUCAGGCUCAGUGACCCAGACAUACCAAACUUCACUGCCCGCGGGCACGUACUGCAACGUGCAGAGCAACACCUACGUGACGGUGAAUUCGAGCGGCCAGUUCACCGCCACCCUGGGCUCCGAUACCGCGCUCGCCAUCUACGUCGGGAAGACGUCCUGCUGA